GGUGUGUAUGCGGCUGGAGGAGGAGGAUGGGACUCUGCUGAUGCUGAUGCGAGAGCUUUCGGUGUGUGACUGUGAUCAACAUCGGUGGACUGAUUGCCAAAUGAUGGAGUAUUUUGGUCUCAUUUUACCCCCUUUUUGUUCUAUUAUUGGCUUCGACGAGGGACGCUGUGACUGAUGUGUUUUUGAGACUAAGAUAACAGAAGAAUUUAAGGAGGAAUGGACGGUUUCGUGUCGUCACUCGUCUGGCCUGUCUUGUGACUGACACAGGUGGAUUGCCGCUGGAAAACGGCAUCGAAAUGAAGACAUACUCUUGAACUAUCGCAGAGGCGACCGUUUCCGUAGUUACCUCUUAAACAGUGGAAUACAUAAACUACCAUUUGGUUUAAUUAUAUUAGGAGAGGUAGAAGCUGGACUGUUUGGCGUGUUAGCUAGCUAAUAGGCUAAUUGGGUUAGCUAGUCAGUUAGCAGCUUCUCUGGCCAAUGGAACGAAAGACGUGGGAUGCUCGAAGGAGGAGCUAACGUUAGUUGCUAGCAUAAAUUAAUUGGAAGGUUUGACGGGGUGUUAUAUUUAGUAAACCGCCUUGAAAGGUUGAACGCUGUAGGUCGGGUUAGGUUUGAGCAUAGGCUGUAUAGGUUUGAGUAGCACUGGUCACACCGUUUCCUCGCUGCACUGUGGCUCCUCAGAAAAGAAGCUUGCGAUGUAUAACAUUGUAUAAUCGGCUAAGAAAGCUAAUGUUGACAAACACUGUUGAUUUAAUCAAGCGGGGUUUUUUUUUCGUUUCCAAUUGGCUCACGAGGAGAGAUGCUGAUACUUAAUUUCUGAGACUUUAUUGAAGUGAUUCACCAGUUUCCAGGCGGAAGCGAAGCAUGUUAACGUUGGAUGUGAUGCAGCGCAAACAUUUGGCAACAACCGGGAGUGGACCUGCCAUGACAGAAAGACACAUAGUAGGUCAAAACACAUCAGGGAGAGAGUAUGCCUUUCGAAUUUAGCUAACAUUGUUGUCAAGAUGUGGAUGGCAACUGACGUUAGUGAAGUUAAAACAGCAAAUGUGUUAAUCCGUUGCCUGACUGACAUUGUUUCUAAACCUACCCAACUUUCUUCUUAAAACUACACCUAGCUAGCUAACUAAGUUAUACUGUUAUUUAUAAAAUCACAAUACCGGCCUGUAUUUUAAAUGUCAGACGUAGACCAUGCUUGUAAGAAUCCCACACAUUAAUUUCAAGAUGUCAUUGUUGGAGACGUGUAUUGCCAUUUUAAAAAACAAACAAAAAAAACAUGGCAUUUAAGAUAAAAAAACAUGAUCUCGACGACAGCAGUGAGAUAAUACAGCAGCUUUCUGAAGUUUGUAAAGUGGAACAGCCAAUAUAAAUGGAACCGACAGUUCUGUCUGGCCCUUUGGGGCACACACAGUGGGAGCCAGAACAGCCAUUUCCUCUCGGAUUUCACACAUUGGAUUCAGACAAUGGAGGUGUGCUCGUUCUAAACAAGGGGGACCAGAUAGGUUUGGAUUUCAGAAGUGGCGACCAGGAUCAAUCUGCCCAGCAUAGUGUAGAAAAAAACAUUUACCAGGACAAGCCAGUAAAGUUGGACAACCUCAUAAAUAUCUCAGUUUUUCCGCGUGGAGAUUUACUGUUUGAGGGCGAUCAGUCCAAUAUUUCCCAAGCCUCGCUACAUAGUAGUCAUAUAGAGGAAUUGUCCUUCACAGAAAAAACUGAGGGACCUGAUGAACUUAGUGACUGCACUUUGUCAUGGCUAUUUUCUCCCAAACUCACUGAUGGGAUUGGGAAUAACUCUGCCCAUGAGGAACUGAGUCUGAUGCAGGAUGCCUCUCCUGAGAGCCCAGAUGCCUUCAAUAGUCAGGCUGAGCUAAUAAGUCUCAAUGUACCGGUCUUUCCGUCGAACAUUUCCGAGAGAAAUUCUGAGACCGACACAAGGGAUCCAUUUUUGUUGGUGGAUCUCCUCUCUUGCCUCCCUCUAGAGGCUUCAGGUGAGUUGAACCCACAGGGUGUCAGUGAGGAGCUGGUAGGCCUGUCGCAAGAGGAGCAGGCGGGUCUCCCUCCCACGCCGAGCUGGGAGACUUUGUCACCCGAGACCAGAGACAAAGGUUUAUUAACUGAUCAAGUGACUGUUCUGCCCGUAAACUGGAGCACUGCCGUGCAUGGUUUACCUGAGAACUGCCUCCGGCAUAACCACGUCAGCAGACCUCUGGAGUGCUUUGCAGGAUCUGUGCCUUUGUUGGAUUUAGAUGUUCCAGAUUGUGACAGUAGUCUGAGCCUGUGCCCUGCCAGUCCCCCCUCUGUUACCUGCACAGCUCCACCAUUGGAUUUAUCAACCGAGGAGUCGGAGGUGGAACAUGCAGGAGCUACUGUAAAUAGAGAUGUGACUUCAGACCAAGGUGAGAAUGACUCAUUUGUUCUGGGGUUGUCAGCUGAACCUUCAUCACUGACAGUGCCUCUGGGUGAAGAUGCCUUCAACCCGGGUGAUUUCACCAGUGAGAGUGGCUCUGUGGAAAAUGAGUCUAAGGAUUUAAUGGAAGACGAUAUUUGUUCUGAAGCCAAAAAUCAGGGGAAUGAGGCAAUGGCUUUGGAUCUGUGUUUGACUGUUGACCAGGUCCAUGACGGGGAAACGUGGGACUUGAAACCACAGGAGGGUGUACAGAAUGAAAGUGUUCCUGCUCCAACAACUGAGUCGAGUGAAGAGGAGAAGUUGACAGACAGUAACCAGCUCGAAGGAUCAGAUUGUCAUGAAGUGUCUUCUUUUGAUUUUUCAGUCCAGGAUUUGCACACUUCUUCUCCUGAGUCUACUUGGACUAGUGAGCAAACUGUGGAGACGCUUUCUCUCUCCAAUAUGGUGGCAGAUGACUCACUGCCGAUGGUUUCAGCUGAGAAUAUAAGGGAGGAAGACGUCUCCCCUCUAAAAGCUGUGUUCGAUGCUUUAGACCAAGAUGGAGAUGGAUUUGUUCGAAUUGAGGAGUUUAUGGAGUUUGCUGCUGCCUAUGGGGCUGAUCAGGUGAAGGAUCUGACCAAGUUUUUGGAUCCCAGUGGACUGGGAGUGAUCAGCUUUGAAGAUUUCCACCGUGGAAUCUCUGCAAUCAGCAAUGGAGGUCCAGAGCCACCGCUAUACAAUGUAAACUACAGUCCAGGCGACGGGGCUGUGGGCUGUCCAGAGGAGUACGAUGAGCAAAAUGAGGUGACGGACAGUGCGUACCUGGGCUCCGAGAGUACUUAUAGUGAGUGUGAGACCUUCACUGAUGAGGACACGGGGGCCCUCGUACCCCCCGAGAUGCAUGAAGACGUGGAGACGGACAGUGGCAUUGAGGCCACACUGCACGACCCUGAAGAUAGUGGAAAUAGGUUUUCCCUGAACUCUGAGCUACAUAACCACUCUCUGGUGACGGUCAUCGGUGGAGAGGAGGAGCACUUUGAGGACUUUGGGGAAAGCAACAGCUCCGAGUUGCUACUGGAGAGCAGCGUGGAGGGGACCGAGGAGGAGGGCCACUCCCCUCUAGUGCUGCCACCUGAGCAGAUCAAUGGCUCUUCACUGCUUUCUCCCAGUGCACCUGCUCCUCUCCCUGACUGCUUUCAGAGCUUCCUCAGGGAGGAGGCGCUGGACUUUUUCUGUAGUCAGUGUCACAAACAAAUAAGUCGUCUCGAGGACCUCUCCACUCGUCUCAAUUUCCUAGAGAUGACUAGCGCUGGCAAGAGGCUCUCCAGCAAGAAAGUAGCAAGACAUCUCCUCCAGAACAGCUCGAUGACUCUGGACACCAUGAGCGACUUGACGCGGGACAUCCUGGAGCUUGCUGACAACGACAUCACGGACAAGGUGCUACUCCUUGAGCGUCGAGUUGCGGAGCUGGAAAAGGAGUCAGAGUCAUCGGGGGAGCAGCAUGCGCGGCUGCGCCAGGAUAACCUUCACCUGGUGCACCGAGCCAAUGCCUUAGAGGAGCAGCUCAAGGAGCAGGAGGUCCGCGCUGACGAGAAACUACAGCAGGAGACCCGUCGUCACAAGGAGGCCCUGAUCAAGCUGGAGAGGGAGAGGGGGCUGGAGCUGGAAAACCUGCAGGCCAGGCUGCAGCAGCUGGACGAGGAGAACAGUGAGCUGAGGUCCUGUGUUCCGUGUCUCCGAGCAAACAUCGAGAGACAAGAGGAGGAGAAGAGGAAGCUGCAGGAUGAGACAGAAGCCAUGUGCGACAGGCUGCAGGACGAGACGGAGUCCCGCAGGAAAAUGGCUGACAAGCUGAGCCAUGAGCGCCACCAGAACCAGAAGGAGAAGGAGUGCACUCAGGAGCUCAUUGAGGACUUGCGUAAACAGCUCGAGCACCUACAGCUCUACAAGCUGGAAGCUGAAGCAAAGAGAGGGCGUACGCCGGGCGCGGGGCUGCAGGAAUAUCAGACCCGCACACGCGAAGCUGAGCUGGAGCAAGAGAUCAAACGACUCAAACAGGACAACCGCAGCUUGAAGGAGCAGAAUGACGAAUUAAAUGGCCAGAUUAUCAACCUGAGCAUCCAGGGCGCCAAGAACUUGAUGUCGGCCUCCUUCUCCGACUCCCUGGCAGCUGAGAUCAACAAUGUGUCUCGUGUAGAGUUGAUGGAGGCUGUCCACAAACAGGAGGAGAUCAACUACAGACUCCAGGACUACAUUGACAAGAUCAUUGUGGCCAUCAUGGAGUGCAACCCCUCAAUCCUUGAGGUCAAAUAGACUCCAUGCAACCAGGAAGGCCGUGCACAGUGUCUCCUCAGGCUGUUAGAAAUACUGGAGACUUGGUUAAAAGAAAACUACUGGGAGGAUGUAAAAAACAUUUGGUAGGAAAACACCAUGCACUCAACUCAUCCAACUCCGCCCCCCAGACCCAUGGAGUGAAGAACUUAAGAAUCCUAAGAAGUCAAUGGCUGUCAUGGGGAAAAAAAAAAGAAGCAAUUUUCAGUUAAUAUCCCUCAAGUGUGUACUUAUUUUUGAGUGUAUGUGUUAACCCUCCUGAAUACACUUGGGUUCUGGUGACCUCCAUGUAUUUGGCAAGAGGGACCCGAGUCUCCCCUUGUUAAAUGAAUGAAUGUUUAAAUGUGUACAAGAAGUCACAAAGAGUUAAAAAAUCUUCCUGUCCGUUCCCCUCAAAAACAGUGUCAAUGUAAGCUAAAAAAAACACAGACAAUUCUAUAGUACCAAAAGGCCUUAAAUUAAAGGUGAUUAAAGUAUUUAUUAAUUCUGCAUGCCAGUCAUUCAGUCUGUGGUGUGUUAACUGGGACGGCGGGGGUGGUAUGUGGGCUGUGAUCUCCUGAACCAGGCUGAGUCGUGUUUUAUUCACUAGUGAGAAAGCCAUAUGAAGCACUGGGCAGUAGAUUGGGGCGGCAGUUUACUCUUUGGAAUUUGUCUUUUAAUUUGUUUAAAGCUUGCAGUGCUGCCUACCAGUCACUAAAAAUAUCUGUUCUGUCCUCUAACCAAGUUCAACUGUCUUUCCAGUGAACCCAAGUAAGGGGUAGAGGAUGAGAAAAGCCCGGAGGAGGGGGGGGGGGGGGGGGGGGUGUGUGUGUGUGUGUGCGUGUGUGUGUGUGUGUGAGAGAGAGAGGUGUUUGGACAUUUUCCUUUUUUUCUUUUCGUUUCUGCGCAGUGUUACUUUAAGGUUUUGAAAAAGCUUGGUGACACCAGCAACUAAUAUAAGCUUAAGUGUCCCAAAUUAAGGAGCUUAGGUUUAUAAAUUGCUUCUUCUCAUUUUUUCGAUUUACAAUGAAACAGGGUCCAGGAGCUCAGGUGGGCUGGAAACCUCAAGUAGAAGAAAAAUGCUACAUUUCCCAUCACUCCCUGGCACAAAUAUUAAAUAACUCAAACAUAUCUCACUAAGUGCAGACUGAGUACUGUAACUGACAGAAUAUAUCCUUCUCAUACUGACACGCUCACUCUCUUAACUCUCCAGACACUUUAACUAAGCAUGAAGGGAAACCGAUGAGUGAGUCUGGGAUUUGUAGUUUUUAAGAAUUUUUUGUGUGUUUUUACUUAGUACAGCCCACCUGACCCCAGUGUUCUCUUGCUGAGUGAAAGUAAUGGGGAGCAAGCUUAUCCAGGUAACAAAAACUUUUCUUUUCUUUUUUUACUUUUCCCUGCUGCACAAGUGAUUCAUUGUCAGUAAAACUUUUAUCGGGACAAAUGUUAAGAAAAAUGCUGACAUUUGAGUUGUAUGUGAAUAAUCAAAUGGUUGUACUUUGCACUAAGUUUUGUUUUGUUUGUUUUUUAAUAGAAAAAAACGUGUUUAUUGUGAAGGGAACAAAUCAAUCAAAAUCCAUUUCAAGCCUGUAUGAUAGUGAGUGGGGUUAGUUGCUGCUGGUGGGGGCUGCAGACAUCCCACUCACACUAAUAAAUACUAAUUUUAAUGUCAUAUAUAUCAAUUGGAAACAUUUAACAAUAUUACAAACUACAUUUUACAGCUAUGUCUUAAGAUUAGUUUAUUUCCAAUCCAUCUGGAGUUUGGAUGAUCUUUUUCGCUGACUAUUGGCCAGUUUAAUCGUUUUUCAGACCAGAUAUAUAAUACUGAAGAGACCUGGCCGACUUUGGUAGCAAUAAUGCUUGUCAAGAAAGUGGAAAUGGUGGAGGCUGCUCUCAUCUCCUCUGCUGAAGCAGCAUCUGCUUUUUGGAAGAUGUACGGAGUGCUUUUGGACUGAUGCCGGGUUUAUAGGUACAACGCAGCCAUUACUUUUGGACGGAAACUGGACAUGAGAAACCUACCAGACCUGUUGACGGAUUUCUUGUCAAACGUUGGUUGGGGACGUUGUUUUUUUGGUCCAAACAGCAUGGCAUCCUGCACCAAUAUGCUAAGAAGAAUUCCUAUUUUUCAUCCUGUUCACCUUUUAUGUCAUUGCUCUUCUUCACCUGCCACUGGUAGGUUGGUAAUGGGAAAAAAAAAUGGCCUUGGAUGUAAAUGACUUGUACAUGUAAAGUUUUUUCUACACUCAUUCUAGAUUCUAGGUAUUUUUAUAGUCUGGAGAAAAAGAACAUUUCUUCUUCUUGUCUUAUGCUGAGAGACAGCUGCCUGUAUUCUUCUCUAGCAUGUAGCGUGUACAGUAUCUAUUGGUAUAUCCCCCCCCCCCCCCCCCCCCCCCCCCGUUUGAAAUCACAUGCCGAUAUUUAUUCAUCAUUUUGACACAACCGACAACUCACACUCUGUGACGUGUUCUGCUGAUUAUAUCUUUGUACAUUUUUGAAUUCACAAAGGGGGAGAUUAAUUCACGGUGAAUGAAUCUUUGGGGAGACUUUAUUGAAUUUGGAGAAAUGUUUAAAGCAUUGUGUUAUUGUUUGCAAAGCACUUGAAUGUGACCUGCUCGAGUGGUUGUUUGUUGAGGUCGUGGCAAUUCUUCCAUAAUGCUGACAUUGCUGUGACCUCCUCAGGGUUGUGAGUUUAGACAAAUGGCAGGUUCUACUGUUGUCUUCCCAGAUGGAGUCAGGUCCUUCAUGGAAAUGCCAAUUUGUAUUGUUUAUCUUUGAUUCAGUUGUAUGAUCUAUAUUUUGACUGACAAAUCAUAUGCUAUAAUUUCCAAUAGUGGAGUUGUGAGACCUCGAAAUGUCAACACACAACACCUAAAACCUCAUCGCAAGGCUUUGCCGAGAUCUGCUUCCUGCCUUUUUAGUGUGACAGGAAGUUUGCCCCGACAGAUUUAAUACUUAUUCUUUAUGGUAAUGAAUCCUUUUUCAAUUACAAACAGGAAAUGGGAUGGCACUUGAACACAGCAGGCUAUACUACACCUAAUUCUCUCCCUACUUUAUAUUUAAUUGUCUAAGUUUCACCGAUAGUUUGGGACCGGCAACAUAAAUACUAGACAGUGAGAGACAACAGAGCUGAUUAAACAUUCCCAUUAGCAGAGCUCAAGGUGACUGCACUUUAACCACCAAGUUUCUCCAUUUUAACUCUCAAAAUGACCAAAGACAGAUGUUACAACUUAAACUGAUAGUUUUUAUCCACCAGGGUCCAACUGCUCUGAUAAAUCAGAGUGAGUUUGCCCUGAAAGAAAACAAAACCCGGCCUGCUUGUCUAAACACUGUGCCUCUGUGUCUCAAACUUUGCCUCGCAACUAACCUGAUGAUGAGCCCUGGGGGAAGCACUGACCACGCUACUGUCAGUUUGUUAAAUCAUGAUGAAAACCUGAACUGUAAAUAUGAAUUGUCAUUUAUGUGAACUUUUUCUCUCUCAUGUUCACUUCCACUGUCCAAAGAAAGUUUGCUCAAGGCACAAACAUCACUACUGGAGUAGUGCAUGGCUUGCCAUUAUGUGACAUGGGAAGAUAAAAAGAAAACUAUUGUAGAAAAGAGAAAUUGUAAAAGUUAAAUUUUAUUCCUAUUUUCAAAGAUAAAUGUAUAAAUUAUAACAAUAUGGGUUACAGCUGUAUAUUUUUUUUGAAGAUCCCCAAAUGAUCUAAUCCUAAUUGUUACUGGGGAAAUAUAAUUUCAGUCAUUGUAAAAAGAGAACAAUUUAAAGGUAAGCAGUGAAAGUAAGAUUAGAAAAAUAAAAUGGAAUAAAAUG